CACCACCACUAUUAGUAUUCUAGUACUACUACUCCACAGUGCCUACUACUAUGGUCUCCCUGUCCCUGUAUCCAACACACCCUCUUUCCAUAUUUACAACAACUACUCAUAAAAUAUAGGGAGGAUAAUUAUUCACAAGAUUCUCUAAAAAAUCAUUAUCAAGAUCAAGAUAGAUAUUCUGUUCCAGAAAAAAAAAAAAAACAAAGGGUUCAGCAGAAAAAGAUCUGAACAACUUAAAGGUACUCACUUUUUUUUUCUUUUCCUGAAAGUUAUAAUUUUGAUUUUGUUUCUGUCAAAUGGAAGAUCAAGAGAAACACUACAUUACAACUGAAGAAUUAAAAACUCACAAUAAAGUUGGAGAUCUAUGGAUCUCAAUACAAGGGAAAGUCUAUAAUGUAACAGAUUGGAUGAAAAAUCAUCCAGGUGGUGAAACCCCAUUACUUAAUCUAGCUGGUCAAGAUGUUACCAAUGCAUUUGUUGCAUUUCAUCCUGGUUCAGCAUGGAAAUAUCUUGAUCAAUUCUUCAUUGGGUAUUUAAAAGAUUAUCAGGUUUCUGAAGUUUCUAGAGAUUAUAGGAAAUUGGUUUCUGAAUUCACUAGAGCUGGUUUAUAUGAGAAAAAGGGUCAUGGGGUUGCAAUUUCUAUGAUUGUGAUUGUGGUUUUGCUCUUUUUAAGUGUUUAUGGUAUUUUAAUGUCUGAUAAUGUCUGGGUUCAUCUUGGUUGUGGUGGAAUGAUGGGGUUUGUAUGGAUUCAAAGUGGUUGGUUAGGUCAUGAUUCAGGACAUUAUCAGAUUAUGUCAACACCUGAGUAUAAUCGAUUUGCUCAAGUGCUUACUGGUAAUUGUUUAUCUGGGAUUUGUAUUGCUUGGUGGAAAUGGAAUCACAAUGCACAUCAUAUUGCUUGUAAUAGUCUUGAUUUUGAUCCAGAUCUUCAGCAUAUGCCGUUUUUCGCCGUGUCCUCGCAGUUUUUUAAUUCGUUGGUGUCUUACUUCUAUGAUAGGACUAUGAAGUUUGAUUCGUUUACUAGGUUCUUAGUGAGUUAUCAGCAUUGGACAUUUUAUCCUGUCAUGUGUUUAGCUAGGAUCAAUUUGUUUGCUCAAUCUUUCAUGUUGCUGCUUUCGAAGAGACCCGUGAGGAAUAGAGGGCAGGAGAUUUUGGGUCUACUUGUGUUUUGGAUUUGGUUUCCUCUACUUGUUUCUUAUUUGCCGAAUUGGGGUGAAAGAGUGAUGUUUGUGAUUGCAAGUUUUUCUGUUACUGGAAUUCAACAUGUUCAGUUCUGUUUGAACCAUUUUUCUUCGAGUAUCUAUAUGGGCCCUCCUAGUGGAAAUGAUUGGUUUGAGAAGCAAACAACGGGUUCCCUUGAUAUUACAUGCCCUUCUUGGAUGGAUUGGUUUCAUGGUGGAUUACAAUAUCAGGUUGAACAUCACUUGUUCCCUAGAUUGCCUAGGUGUCAUUUGAGGAAAAUCUCUCCAUUCGUGAAGGAACUAUGUUCCAAGCAUAAGCUACCUUAUACAUGUGUGUCCUUUUGGGAAGCUAAUGUACUUACCAUUGGAACUCUAAGAAAUGCAGCAUUACAAGCAAGAGACGUUACAAAUCCAAUCCCCAAAAACUUGGUCUGGGAAGCUGUGAACACCCAUGGUUAGAGAAAUUUCUCCCAGGUUCCACGGAACUUCAUCCUGUUGCGGUUUCCUUGAGGGGCUGCAUUCCAGGAAUUCUUCGGUUGGUUUCAGCAGAGAUUUCAUCAGUAUUUGCAGGCAUAGAGUGUUUAUUCUUCGGUUCUACGGAAUAGACAGCUUGUUUAGGUAUUAGUUCUGCCUCAAUAUCCCUAUAAUUCCCAUGCCAUUUGCAGGCAUAAUAUUGGCAUUCGUCUCCUCUUUGCUCAACUCUUGCCAUUGAGGAUCAAGUUCUUAAGGUACUAUAUAUCUUUGCUUAUAUGUUUACUAAAUAGCUUAUAAAUCUGCAUUUCUUUCUAGUGUCUUCAAAUCUAUGUAAGUUACGUUGCUGUGUACACAGAACAAAAAUCACACUGUGUGACAUUGAAAUCUAAGUUAUAAAUUUGAAUGCUCUUCUCUGUAA